AUGGACAUAUUCGCAGUGCUUGCAAGCUAUCUGCGAGAAGAGUUAAUCCAUAAUGACGAGUUCUUCUUUUCCAUUACAGAGUUCUUUGAUUCUCCCUCAGAGACGUGUGCCACUGACAAGUGGGUAUUACGUCGGUCUUAUAUCGAAGAGUUGUACACCAUCAACGAGGAAUUUGAAAUCGAAGUCCGCGAUCACGAGCAUGUUCGAUGCACUCUAAAGCUCACCUUACAGAAUCAGGAUGCCCCUCGAAAAGACACCAGGGAGGAAAUCUUCAAAACACGGGCUUGGUAUGGUCCUGAUCCGGACGUUGAAGUGAAUGGACAGCUAGAAGCUCUGUCCACUUCCAAUGCAAAACACCGAGCGGACGAUGGACAAAACAGUACAGAGAAUCGAAUACUCUUGAUGGUGAAAUCCUAUGUUAAAGGAAUCCAAAUUCUUGUUGGUAAAUCUGGACAGUGUCAGCGCCAAAGGCUUGCGGGCCUCGAGGGAUGCCUUAUUCAAAGUAGGAUUGACAAGGAGGACGAAAUUACACAGCUGAUACCUUUUUUUGAGAAACUGAAGAUUAACGGGGAAAAGGUCGAUACAAUAUGUUCUACGACGCACGAGCAUACGAAAGAUUUGGAACAAAAAAAGGCCUCUAUUCACCGAAGCACCGCUUCUAUGCACAAUGUUGGGUGUUAUUUAACUGGGAUAACAAAGCAUCGCAACCUCCUCCCUGACGGACAACCAAUGCCGUCUAAGGGCAAGAAUCGGCCGGCUUUUAACUGUGGGCGUGGCGUCGAACGAAUACUCGGAGUGUCAUCGAAGCUUGCUGAAUAUUAUAGUGAUGACUUGGCAAUUAGCACAUUUACAUUCUUGGAAAUUGGAGCCUGCGGUGUGACCCGACUCGGUGCUUUUGCUCCCGACAAACAUGAGAAAUUUUUCUGCGAUGCAGCUGCCUCUUUGAUCGAUUUGUCACUGCGACGAUUGGCUUCUUCUUAUGAAGAAGCCAAACAAGUCAUCGUCAACAGCACCAACAGCGAAGUGGAUCAAAUAGCCUUAUGUAAGGGGGGGGUCAACCAUGUUCCGGUGAUGAACCCAUUCGCCUUUCACGCUUGGUUUGCAGAAGAGGAUUACGACUCCUUAUGCGCAAAGCUGGGCCAUAUGGCCUUUAUAAAUGUGCCACGAGAAAUAUUUUCUCAGCUCUCUACUAGUACAAUAAUAAGGCAGGCUUGCGAAAGAUUGGCCAACAUGUCCAAGUCUUUGACCACCGACACAUCAAAGUCAUUCAUUCUUCACAAUGCUCCGAGGCUUGCAAAGCAUAUAACCAAAACCCAGAUGGCAACUCGUACCCUCCACUACCAAGAUAAAGAUGGGAACCUGAAACUGGCUGUGCGAGUAUUGAAAGGCGAUGCAUUGCCUCAGGAGCUCACGACUGCUUCCAUGGCUGUGGUCUACAUAAUAAUCGACAUUUUACUCGAUAGAUGUCCAAAGCCGAAGAAGGGGCAACCUCCACCGAAACUGAGGCGAGCAUCAAAGAGACAGCGAACGCUGGAACUCCUUCCAGGUUACGCAGACAUCCCGACUGGGCCUCAACAACAACCCUUACAUUGGCCUAAUAGCGGCUUUCAAAGUGAGGCAGACUCAAAUUCGCAAGUCCAACGGGCCUAA